UUUCUAACCCAUUCUAACCUGAGAUUAUUGUAAGCUAUUGUUUUGGUUAUAUGUUUUGUGAACGUUAUCUUAUAUUUUUUAAAAAAGUAUUUGUUUAGUGCUGUAAAAAUAUUAACAGAUAAUGCCUAAAGAUAAUAGGGAUAAAAGUUUGAGUCGAGAGAGAUCAAGUUCUUUACAUAAAUUUAAAAAAUCUCAUAGUAGAGAUCGUUCUCAUACAAAAAAGAAAUUACAAAGAAAAAAGCCUCGCUCAUCUUCUCGCAAACGGAAGCACAGAAGAAAAUCUAGCCCAAGUUCUGAUGAUUCGUCAAGUUCUUCUGACAAAAAACCUUCCACCUCAUCUAAAAAGUGUGAUUAUGAUAGUGAUUCAAGUACAAGCUCAGAAAAAUCUUCGUCGUCUGCUAGCUCAGAUAAAUCCUUAAAACUCCUUGAAAAACUUAAAGCUGAAAGAUUAAAAUCUUUGGAAGAACGUCACAGACAGAAGGAACUACUAAAGCUUAAGGAAACACCUGAGGAGAAAAGAAUAAGAAGAUUGUUAAAAAAGGAAGCCAAAGAGAGAAGGAGGAAAGAACGUAUGGGUUGGGAUAAUGAAUAUUUGCAUUACACUAAUGCAGAUAAUCCUUUUGGUGAUGCUAAUUUGUUAAGUACUUUUGUGUGGUCUAAAAAGUUAUCAAAGGAAGGUUUGAAAGGCGUCAGUCAUGAAGAAUUGGAAGCCAUAAAUAGACAAAAACAAGAGGAAAAUAAAAGGGAACUUGAGAAAGUUAAAAAGAGAAGAUUAGAAAGAGAAUUGGAAAAACAGAGGAGAGAAGAAGAGAUGCAAAUGUUGCAAAGAAGCAAAGAGGCAGCUCAGUUUGAAGAGUGGCAGAGACAGGAGGACAAAUUUCAUUUGGAACAAGCUAGGCUGAGAUCCCACAUUAGAAUUCAGGAUGGUAGAGCCAAACCCAUUGAUCUCUUAGCAAAGUAUAUAAGUGCUGAGGAGGAGGUAGAUGCUGUGGAAAUGCAUGAACCCUAUACCUACUUAAAUGGUUUACAAAUGAAUGACUUGGAAGACUUAAUUGAAGAUAUAAAAGUCUAUAAAGAAAUGGAGCAUGAAAAAAAUAUGGACUACUGGAAUGAUAUAAUGGUAAUAGUUGAGGAUGAAUUGCAGAAAUUAAGGAAACUUGAACAGCAAGAUGACUUUAAUAUGGGUUUGAAUAGGAGGGAAGGUAUACAUCAAGCUGUUGCCAAAGAUGUUACUGAAGUCUUUAAAGGAAAAACUGCAGUACAGCUGCAGGCAUUACAAAAACAAAUUGAGAAGAAGAUAAGUGGUAAAACUGACGGUAUUGAUGUUGGGUAUUGGGAAUCUUUACUUUCCCAAUUAAAAGCGCACAUGGCCAGGGCUCGACUAAGGGAUCGUCAUCAGGACAACUUGAAGAGAAAAUUAGAAAUGUUGAAAGCUGAACAGGCGGUCGCUGUAAUUAGUACAGAAACGAUCCGUGAAGUCAAACGAGAACCAGGACCAAGUGAUGAAAACUCUCGAGGUUCUACAGAAUACGAUAGCGAAGGAAAGGAUAUUAGAUCUGAAGAUCAUGCUCAAACUCUUCUUGAUGAAUGUUUUGCCAGGUACGAUGCAGGCGGUUAUAGUCCCAAACUAGUUACUGCUGAUGAACUGGAACCAGGAACUAUCGUGGUCGCAGAAGAUGAUGAUUGGAAGCGUUUGGAAUUUGCCAGGAUUCAGGUACUCAAUUCUGGAAAGAAAGUUGAGAAUGUUCUUACUAAAGAAGAAUUAUUGCUUCAAAAAGAGGCAAGAAAAGGUAUGGGUGACGACGAAGCUCAGUUUUCUGUUGAGGCUGCAUUGGAUAAUCAAAUCUACUUGUGGUCUGAUAAAUACAGGCCUCGAAAGCCGAGGUAUUUCAAUAGGGUACAUACCGGUUUUGAAUGGAAUAAGUAUAACCAGACGCAUUAUGAUAUGGAUAAUCCACCUCCAAAAAUUGUUCAGGGAUAUAAGUUCAACAUAUUUUACCCAGAUUUGAUUGAUAAGAAUAGUACUCCAGAAUAUUUUCUUACUCCUUGCCCGGAUAAUAAGGAAUUUGCUAUUUUACGAUUUCGUGCUGGUCCGCCUUAUGAAGAUAUCGCUUUCAAAAUUGUCAAUAGAGAAUGGGAAUAUUCUUAUAAAAGAGGUUUUAGAUGUCAGUUUCAUAAUAAUAUAUUCCAACUGUGGUUCCACUUCAAACGGUAUAGGUACAGGAGAUAAAAAUAUGAGCUCAUAUUAUAUGUUGUAAAAUAUAUUUGUAAAAUAUUUUUUAAACUUUGUAAUUAUAAGAUCUACGUAAUAAACAAAAAUCACGAU